AUGUACGUCGUAGAAUUUGGUGGUACUCAUCAAUCACUUCCCCUGGUGCCAGCCUAUCAUGUGACUCAAGGUGGUUGUAAUUUCCGAUGGAUCAUUGUUGUGAUUGUCUGUUGUGUAAACAAGUAUUGGAAUGAGUUUAUUUGCCUGGCUCGUAUUUUCUCCCACAGUAACUCGCAUGACAACCUGCUUCGAAAUAUUGAGUGUUUGGAGAAAUAUGCUCUCAUGUUCGCCGAUCGGGUGGUCUUCAUAAAGGAUGUAAGAGACAAGUGUGAACAAAAUGAGAUUUGUGAAUGGGGUUUCUAUUGGCGGUGUCACAAACUCAAGAGCAUCGACUGCAUUGCCAUUCACUACUCCUCCGAGAAACGACUCAUUAAGGUCGAAUUCCCUGAAUCCAAGAUCCACGAAGAAAUGCUCUUCCUUCUCUCCAUCUCCGAUCGUGAUCUUUCUGAUGCUGAAAUCCUCGACACUGCAAUGUGCCGUGGCAGCGCAGUUGGUCUUGGUCUCACCACCACUGCUGCUGCCCCUCAACCCUCCACCUCCCUCACCGACCCUAGCGAAGAGUCCGUUGUUCAUGAACCGGAGACUGCUUCUUCUUCUUCAAUCGCCUCCUCUUCCGUUGCCACAACUACUGCUUCCGCUUCUGCCUCCGCUUCCACUUCUGCCAUCUCUCGGGGGAUGAGGGGGGAGGAAGAAGUAGUGGGUCAGCGCUCCGUAGCUGGAAUAUUUCCUCGAACAUCCCUGCCCUCGUCGUUUGCUGCAUCGUCAUCGACGAGCACGACAGGAGCUAUGGCAACACCAACAACAGUGACGCCGAUGGCUUCUACCGGUACUGGCGUUGCGAGUGGUGGUGCCUCCCACACUCGAGGUUUUGUGGGUGCCUUCGCGGGCUCACAUCGUGGUACAAGGAGGUCGUGA